UUUUUCUAAUCUUCUCGAAAAUUAUUUCUCGAUUUUAGGACCAUAUUUUUAUUCAUUUUUAUUCCUUAACAGCAUUAUGGACGAAUACUCUAAAAUAUUCUUCUUGAAAGCCGUUUUUCAACAUAAAGAUAUUCUUUUUGAGCCUUACACAGGAAGACAAUCUUGGGAAAUUAAAGACAAAAUGUGGCAGCAAAUAUUUAAUGAAUGUGUAAAUGCGGGGUGUAGAGGGUUGGUGGAUGCUGAACAUUUGAGGAAAAUUACUUGGCAAAACUUGCAACGAAGAAGUAAAGAAAAGUAUGACAAAAGCAAGAAGGUUCCAGAAGGGACAGUGAAGUUUUCGAAGGUGGGGAAUUGCUCAAAAUUUUGGGGGAAGCUUGCGGGAACUAGAAAUCAGACCGGGAUUAUCCCUGAUAUCUCGAAAAAUCUCGGUCUCGAUAACCACUAUUUUCAUUCGAUAUCUCGUCUCGUUCCGGUCUUUACUUAA